GCGGAGUGUGUUUUGCGUAGGGCGAGAUGUUGUUUUGUUGUGGCGAUCAGCUGAAUGUGGCAUCGCUGUCCGCUCUGACAAAACGGUGGGAAGCACCACAAGCCCCCCCGGCUCUCCCUCCCCACAAUCGCGGGCACCGAGAACAGCUUUAUCCGGCGCAUCAUAAUCCAGGAAAUGCGGACUUCUGGCCCUUUCGCUACGGGAUAAAUGGCUGCAGCGUCUGUACUGUAGCAGCAAGCUGUGUCUGUGGAGCGUCUCUGAGGGGGAAGACCAGACUGUUCUGUCAGACCCAUUCAGAACAACUAAAGCUCACAACAGACAAAGGAGAUGCAGAAAAGGCCUUGGGAGGUGUGUUAGAAUGGCUGAGGCUGGACAGAAGCAGAGCUGUUUUGUACACAGUGAUGAUCCAUCUUUACCUGCAUCCAUGCACCUUCAGGGCACCUUUUAAUGAUGCCUCAUUUGGUCCUCUUGAAUAACUUUUGGCCCACGCUGGAAAAGGCCUUUCGUUUUGAUUUAAAACUCAAUCUGUUGAUGUUCCCCUGCCUCUGACCUUCCUGCUGCCAUGCGGUUAGCCCCAUGAGGCUCCAGGAGCCCUUCCUUCUGCAUCUGUGAGGCCUCCUCCCCACUCUAUGGAGGCUGAGCCCAGCCGUGCGGCUGAAGGGGAGUGCUCAGGAAGGCAAGAGCAGCAGCAUGCGACAACUGAAUCCUCACUAGGAUCUUGUCCACCUCAGCAGCCCCAGCAGCCUUCAAACCCUCGUCCUGUACACAGAGCCUUGGGCCGCCUGCAAAAUCGUCAACCCAAACGCACAGACCUUCUGCUGCGGUUACAGCAGCAGCAAGCGGUAGCAUGGCAGCAUUCAGAUACACCAGGUCCUUCAGGAGGCAGCUUCCUCUCUUCGGCUUCUUCAUCAACCUCACCACUACCCUCUACGUCCUCAACCCGGGGUGAGCAUGGUCAUAGGGUCCCUUCUCAGUUGAGCCAAGAGGCUGUAGAAGGAGUUGGGUCACCAAGACGAGGGGAGAAGAAACCCCAAAAACCAGGGAAAUAUGUGUGCUCUUAUUGUGGCCGUCCAUGUGCAAAGCCCAGCGUUCUUCAGAAACACAUUCGCUCCCAUACAGGAGAAAGACCUUACCCUUGUGACCCCUGUGGCUUUUCUUUCAAGACAAAGAGUAACUUGUAUAAGCACCGCAAGUCCCAUGCCCAUCGCAUUAAAGCAGGUCUGGUGUCCAGUCGUGAUGAGCCCAGUUUAAGUGGACCAGAGGGCAGUGGUGUUGGAGAAGAGCCUGAAGAACCCACAGAGGGAGAGAGCACUGAGUCUGAAGAAGAGACAGGACAACACAGGAAAUCCUCCACAAAAGAGAUGGUAAGCCAACAGAGAAAAUCUGGUAAAGAGGUGCUAAGAAGCUCUGAUGAGAGCCAAAGGCCUGAAGACUCUCAGGCUGUCAAGCAAAAAUUGGCACUAAGGCUUCGCAAACGGGACCCCAUGACUUCUCCAGACGACCCUCGUUCCUCCCUCUCAACUUCAUCUUCCUCUCUAGGCCCGGGUAGCAAAGGCAGCACUGAGUCUGGUUAUUUCUCUGGAUCAGGCAGCACUGACCUGUCUCAAGUUAGCCCUCCAAGUGCCAGUGCCAAAACUUACGCUGAAAUUAUUUUAGGGAAAUAUGGAAGGCUUGGAGGGCAGCAGCGCAGUCCCCAUCAGCAACAGCCUCAUUCUUCACUGUCCUCACCCUCAGGAACAGAAGAGAAGGGUAUGCCCUUUGCUGUACCCAAAACCCAAGUAAUAGAGCACAUUACCAAGCUCAUCACCAUCAAUGAGGCAGUGGUAGACACUAGCGAGAUUGACAGUGUAAAGCCCAGAAGAUCUUCUUUGUCCAGAAAGAGCAGCAUGGAGUCACCAAAAAUUACUGCCCCUAAAGAUCCCUACGCAUUUGACCCCAAAGGAGAAGCCCCUGGUCCUAGUGGUUUGAGACAUUUCAUUAAUCCAGAGGGAGGUCCUCCAGGUGUACAGGAGCUGUCAACAGUGCCUCUGCUUAGAAGCCACUCAAUGCCAUCAUCUACCAGCCAAGGAGAACCCUCCACCUCUGGCACCAUGUCUCCGAGAAGUUUUCGUCUUUGCCAGUCAUUUGAUGAGCAGCAAGCAGUGGUGGCAGAGAUGAGGGUCAGCCAUGCUCAGCGUAUGCUCCGACGCCAGCCUGCCAUUGAAGUUCCCCUGGGAGCAGAACAAAUGCUGGAGGAAGCCAGUCCCCCAUUGUCCUCAUCAGCAAGAGGCACUGAUAGAGCCAGACAGCCAAAACAGCAAUCACAACAGCAACUGCAACACAGUCCCAGCUUGUUUGAAUGUGAAGCAUGUGGGUCCCUCUUCCAACACAGUGAAGGCUAUGAGGCCCACAGAGCCACCUGCCCUGGACAGCAAAAACUGGAACAAGAGACCGGAGAUAGCAGUAAAAUGUGCAGGGAAGACCGCCCCCAGAUGAUGAUGCACUAUAAGUUUCGAGCGCUGGCCAUGGCUGUCAGGAAAAGAAGAAAAGAGGAGAGUUUGGAGGAGGAUCCUCCCAGUUCUGGGUCUGUAGCCAUGUCAGGCCUUACUUCAGUGCCAACCAGACCGGAGCACAGCCAGGCCCACUCAGGUGUUUCUUUACAUACUGAGCCAAAACAACAACAGCAGGACAGAAAGGGCGUGUCUGUUAUCCAACACACAAGCUCUUUUGAAAAGCAAGAGAGUAUAUCCAUGGAAAGUCAGGAACCAGACCUCAGAGAGAGUCAGCAAACACAACAACCUGAGCCAAAACCAUCACCCUCUACAACUCGCCUCAUCCGCCAGCCAAACAUCCAAGUGCCAGAGAUUCUUGUUACCGUGGAGCCUGAUGCUGACAUGCCAUCUGUGUCACCACCAGUGACAGCAUCUUUAUCCAAGGAGGCAGAAAGAGUGGAGGAGUUCCAGUGGCCUCAGCGAAGCCAGACUUUGGCCCAGCUCCCUGCAGAGAAACUGCCACCCAAGAAGAAGAGACUCCGCCUGGCAGAAGCAGCACAGUCCUCCGGGGAGUCUAGCUUUGAGUCUCCGUCUCUGCCUCGCAGCCCCAGUCAAGAGAGCAACAUUUCCCACACUUCAAGCCUUUCUGCUUCUUUUGAAGACUCAGCGAGAUCUGAGCCUGUCGUCUGGGUCUCCAGUAGCCAAAGCUCCCAGAUGUUGAUGGUGCCAUCUGCUGCUCACCAACACCAUCAAAGCCACAAAGAAAUGAGGCGCUCAGCCUCAGAACAAGCCCCAGCCAGCCCCCAACAAACAGAACAGACCUCUGAGAUCAGGAGUAAGUCUUUUGACUAUGGGUCCCUGUCCUCUCAGCAGUCCGCCUCCUCCUGGAAAGAACGGAGAAAGUGUCUUCUUGUAAAACAUGCUACCUUAGGGGAACCAGAGCAGGAGGAGGGGGCUGGUGUUUCUCAGUUAUCCAGAGUAGAUAGUCCAAAGCCCGGGCCUUCACACUCAAGCCACCCUCCUCUCUACUCUACAGAUGAAAGCUCCCGGUUCAGCCUGGAAACCACAGGGAAAGCUUUACAACUAUUGCCGCCACAAGUCCUUCCACUGUCUCAGGACAUUCUCCCUUUGCACCCUAGAGGUCAGCAAGUGUUCCCCCAAGAAUCACUAGCCCAUCUACUUCCAGUCACCACCGCCAUUUCUGAAGUACUAUCCCACCAAAUUGUCCAUAGAGCCUAUUUACAUUCACAGUCAGCACCUCCACCUUUACAGAUACAUCCCACACAGAUCCACAUGGCAGAACGGCUAGGUAUACCACUCCAUCAUCUUCCAUCUUUAGUUCCUCUCCAGUUCUCCUCCAGGGCUGGAGCCAGUCCGUCUUUGUAUUUACCUGUUCCAUCAAGACCUACAGAAUACACCCCCUCUCCUCCUGUUACUCUAAACAGACAGCUGUCUCCUGCUGUCACCCAGCAAUCACUUGUAACCAUUUCUUACCAUGACACACGGCCAGUUAUUGCCACCUGUCUUGCACAGCUCACUCCAGUAAUGUCCCUUGUGGUUCCAGUGCGCCUCCAGACCCACAUACCUACCUACGCCAGUGCCAUGUAUACUACCCUUUCCCAAAUCCUGGCCUCCACCCGUUCCCAGGAGCCAAUUUCUUGCUCAUCUAUGGUCAUUAUGAGCCACAUGGAACGGGACAAGAUGCAGAGGUCCUACUUAAAGGUCCCCUCCCCUGAUGUCAAAAGUCUCUUUCCACUUUCAUUGUCUGCGGAGCUGGCCUCAGGAUCUGAGGAGGGUUAUGGUCCACUGGGAGCUGGAGGAAGUAAACGCAUGCUUUCACCUGCAGCCAGUCUUGAGCUCAGUACAGAGGCCCAGCGUCACCAGAAGAGGGUGAAAGAGGAAGAGGGGGGGGGGCAACAUAAAGCCAGAGAGGAGGAGGAUGUAAGAGAGACGGCUUCAGAGGGGAGAGAAAGUAAAUCCACUGGGAGGAAACUGGAAGAGGAAGAGGACAAACAUCUCAAGAGUGUAGAGGUGACAACUGUGAAAGAGGAGGAGAAACAGGAGCAAGUACUAAAGAAGCAUAAUGUGGAAGAAAAACAGGAGGAGAGGGAAUCAACUGAGGGAACAAGUCAAAAAAAGGAAGAGGUGCUGGUUAUGGAAGUGAGGGGUGAGAGACCAACCACCCCUUCUUAUCCAAGCCUCCACACCUCCACCUCAGUCAACUGGUGCUACCUGAACUAUGUCAAACCCAACCCGUCUGCACAGCGGGACCCCAGAACAUCUGUUUAUUCUACCUGGAGCGUCAGUGCUCACAACCCCAACCUGCCUGGCCUAAGCACUAAGGUGGCCUUGUCUCUGCUGUGCUCGAAACAGAAACACAGCUCAGAGACGUACACGAUGGCCACAGCCCCCAACCCAGCGAAAAGUAAAGUGGCCCCGGCUGGCAGCAGGACCCCACGUGUGUCAGAGAUACAUGCCACCCCACCCAGCAGCCUCACUGAAGUGAAGGAUCAACCACAUCAUGAAAAGGAGGAGCACAAAGCAAAAAGAGAAGAGGAAGAACCUUCCACGUCCAAACAGGGUGAACCGUCUCGUGUUCGCAUCUUUGAAGGCGGGUACAAGUCCAAUGAAGAGUAUGUUUACGUGCGAGGUCGCGGCAGGGGAAAGUACAUAUGUGGAGAGUGUGGUAUCCGCUGUAAGAAGCCCAGCAUGCUGAAAAAGCACAUCCGAACACACACCGAUGUCCGUCCGUACAUUUGCAAACACUGCAACUUUGCCUUCAAAACUAAAGGGAACCUCACUAAACACAUGAAGUCAAAGGCUCAUGGGAAAAAAUGCCAGGCGGUAGGAGUGUCUGAGUCAUCAUUGGACGAGCCGGAGAGCGAGGAAACAGCAGGAAGUGAUGAUCGAGUGGCCGGCUCAGAGGAACAGGAAGAGCAUCAGUUUUCUGAUGUGGAGGAGUCUGAAGAUGAUGACGACAACGAUGAUGAUGGUGAAGAUGAAGAGGAGGAGUCCACAUUACAUGAUGACCCACCUUCUUCCUGCUCCUCAGACACCCAUCCUUCCACAGGGGGGCGUUCCACCAGCAGCAGACACUCUCAGCAGGGCACCCCGGACCGAGAACCUGCGGGGCCCAGUCCUGGUUCCAGUCAGGAGCCUUCGCCCAGGGGGGUUUGGUCCAGCAGGAGAGCAGCCUCCCCCUGCAGCAGAAGAGCGCUUUUCUCCCGCCGAGGCUGGAAGGCGCCGAGAGCUUUCUCCCCCAGCAGUGAGAGCUGUUCCCCGAGUCGCAGCCUCUCCCCCCGCCUGGAGCUCAGCCUCUCCCCAAGAACAGACCUGUCCUCACCCAGUCGACAUGUCUCGCCCUCCCCUGAGAGAGGACCAUCUCCCAUCAGGCCUCUUUCUCCUCUUCGUCCCAUUUCACCCAGCUGCUAUCGGUCAUCACAAGGCCGAGCCCCUCCCUCACCACUUGGGGUGCAACGCAGGGCCCCUGGAUUUUUGCCCUGGGAGAGUCCAAAUAUACAGGGUAGUCAUGUCAAACAGGACAAAAGUGGUACAGCAGGGGAAGGGCCCACUUUGCCAGAGACCAGCUUGUUUCCCCCUGCUUUCCGUCUUUCUACUUGUGAGGGUUAUCCCAGCCAGCAGCCUGCAGACAACAUCUUCAGCCACCUUCCCAUGCACUCCCAGCAAGCCAAGGUCCCCUAUCUGAUGAUCCCCAUCGGGGGGAUACAAAUAGUACAAGCCAGACCAAGGUCCCACCCUACCACCCCUUCAUCCCCUACGUCUCCCCCGUUGGAGGGGUCCUCACUGGCUAGGUUUGAAUUUUACUGGGGCGGGACCCCCAGGACUCAAGGGCUUAGGACUCCUCGAGACCACUGGUCAGAGCACCAGGCAGCAGGAACCAGCCAGUCAGGGCGGUGCAGUCUCAGCACGGCACUAACAUGUUCCAAAACAGAGUUGGAGACCACAGACUCAAAGCAAUAUAGCAGCUCGCAUAGCUCCGCCCACACCCACAGGUCUGCUACUGAGACCACCGUCAGAGACAGUCGUUUAAGAGCACCCCUCAGUCUAGCAGCCUCUGUAGCCUCGUGUGCCACCGGACCGCAGCCAGAAGGGGAGGAGCCACCAUCAGGUAGUGAUGCGGAGGAGGGAGGAGCUAAAGGAGACUCAGCCAGAACAGACCAGAGCACUUAACAGUGUCGACACCUUGAUGCUUCAUGCAUCCCAUUUUGCUUUAUUGGUUGCUACACUAGUCUUGUUUUUUAUUGCUUUGUUUUUAUACAGUUUUCAAUACUAUUGUUAACUUAAAUGUUCUGCGGCAAUAUUCAGGUUUGUUAUAAAAAUGCACUUUUUUCUUUGUGAAAAUGUUUCUGUAAAUUUGCAUAUAUAUAUAUAUAUAUAUAUAUAUAUAUAUAUAUAUAUAUAUAUAUAUAUAUAUAUAUAUAUAUAUAUAUCCUGUAUCUCUAUUGAUACUGGUAUCCUAAUGUCUGUUUAAAUAUAUGUAAAAGAAUUAUGAAUAAAUUUGUAAAUGACCAAAAUCUUUAAUCAAAAAUAAUUCCAUUUUUGUUUGUCCAAAUUUUGUCCAGUAUUACUCAAAUUGUAGUUUCUUGUGCCUUUUUCUGUCCAGGUUUGUGUAUUGAAAUGUACAGUUCAGACUGACAAAGAGGAGGCUGUGAAAUUUUUUUAUCGCUUUUUUUUCCAAGAGGGUUAAUAUUUGGUCUUCUGAUUGUUUCUGUUUUAAAGGCCAUUGCUUUAAUGUCAGGGUAACCAAGUUGCAGAGAUGUUGAAGGAGGAGCAGAAACAUGUUAAUGGAAAUGCACUGAAGUUCUAUUUUUUAUUACAAAAGAUUUUAGAUUAGAAUAUAUCUUUGUACAGGCAAGAACGCUCCUUAUUUAUUGUUGUUUGAUGAAAAUGUGCAUUAUUUUAAAAUGUUUUUGUUUUUUUUCUUACUUUUGGUUAUUGGAAAAAAGUACUUUUUGUUACAUCUGUGUGUCUUUUUCAUGAUGUUCUUGUGACUUGAAUUGGUUACAAAGAUGAGGGACGAGUUUGUCUGGUACUGGAGGAUCAAGUGCCCUGCAGAUUUCACACACAGCAGAAUUUCUAGUCAUUAAAAAAAAAUAAAAAUGCACUACACAUCA